CAAGUGGAAGUUGCCGGAGAGACUUCAUUAUUAUUCUGCAAGCUUUUGGUAAUGGGUAUUUCAUCAAUUAGUGAAUUCAUGCUUGGGAUUUGGGCUCCAUUAAUGUUGAUUCACUUCCUGAUGGGGAGCUGCUGGGCACAGGAAGUUCCAGCUUCGUUUAUCUUUGGGGAUUCCCUGGUUGAUGCUGGAAACAAUAACUACAUCGUAACUCUGUCAAAGGCAAAUUACGUCCCCAAUGGGAUUGAUUUUGGGCAGCCUACGGGUCGUUACACCAAUGGAAGAACAAUAGUCGACAUUAUAGGUCAGGAAUUGGGUUUAGCAGAGUUCACGCCUCCUUACUUGGCACCAACGACAAGAGGUUCAGUGGUUCUGAAGGGAGUGAAUUAUGCUUCUGGGGGAGGUGGAAUUCUGAACCAAACCGGCAAGAUCUUUGGUGGAAGAAUCAACCUGGAUGCUCAGCUGGAUAAUUUUGCGAAUACAAGGCAAGACAUUUUAUCGAGCAUUGGUAGUGCAGAAACAAUGGAUCUGUUCAGCAGAGCAAUCUUCUCGGUUACGAUCGGCUCCAAUGACUUCAUCAACAAUUACCUCACUCCACUCGUCUCGGUGCCGGAGCAGAAGUUGAUCUCCCCUGAAACUUUCGUCGACACCUUGAUUUCCAGAUAUAGAUUGCAAUUAACACGAUUGUUUAAUUUUGGGGCAAGGAAGAUUAUAGUGACAAACGUGGGACCGAUAGGGUGCAUCCCAUACGAAAGGGAUACGAAUCCGACGGCUGGGGAUGAGUGCGUGGCCUUCCCGAACGAGAUAACGGAGAUGUACAAUUUGCGGUUGAGGAGCCUGGUGGUGGAGGAGCUAAGCACCACCCUUGUGGGUUCUCAGUUUGUGUAUGCGGAUGCCUACAACAUCGUCUCGGAUUUGAUUCAGAACCCCGCAGCCUACGGUUUUGAGGUAGCGACCUCGGCUUGCUGCUACUUGUCGGGGAAAUACGGAGGAUUAAUUCCGUGCGGCCCCCCAUCCAAAUUGUGUGGGGACCGCUCUAAGUACAUAUUCUGGGACCCAUACCAUCCUUCGGAUGCUGCCAAUGUUAUCAUGGCCAAGCGCUUGAUGGACGGUGAUGAUGCUGAUGUUUUUCCUAUCAAUAUUCGACGGCUCGCCGCCCAACCCUCUACUUGAUUUAUCAUCGUCUCUUUA